CGUGGACACGACCACCAUACCCGGUCGCAGUCAUGAAGCCGCUGCAGUGCGCCGUCGUCAUCCUCGUGGGCGUUGUGUCCGCCUCGUACGGCCACCACCACCAUCGCCACAUGUGCCCGCCACCUUUCGGGAAGAUGAUGUUCGAGCCUGAAAAGUUCCAGGGCGACUGGCACGUCGUGUCCCACUUUGUGGACGUUCCGCACAAGCACGGGGAUGAGACGUGUCUGAAGCUGAAGUACGCGCCGUCCAAAGAGGGCAACGAGAGCCGCGUGCAGAUCACGAUGCACAUCCGCAAGAGUCCCGAUGAAGAACACAAGCUGCAGAUGCGGUGCGUGCAGGGUGGUCCUCCUGGGAAAGGCGGAUCGACAUCGCUGUGUGCCACCAACUACGAUGAUUCCGAGAAGUGGGGCCCCUUGGUGCAGCACCAGAUUCUGGCCACCGACUACGAGACGUACGCCAUAACACAGGCGUGCGGCGUGUUCUACAAGGAGGACGAGCAGAAGUUCGACAGGAUUUUCGUCGUGGACAUCCUUGCCCGGGAGCCUACUCUCGCAGCCGACAAGCUGAAACUGCUCAAAUCGGUCGCUAGCAGCGGCGAAGCUAACGUCGACUCCUUCACGGAUGUCAGCAAUGAGGGCUGUUAAUAGACACCUGCCAGCUACCGGUGUAGAAACUGUGAAUAAAAUCUGAUACCAUACAUGA